GGGCCAUCCAGCGCCAUGCGUAGCACCACACUGCUGGCCCUGCUGGCACUGGUCCUGCUGUACUUGGUGUCAGGGGCCUUGGUGUUCCAGGCUCUGGAGCAGCCCCAAGAGCAGCAGGCCCAGCGGAAGCUGGGGGAGAUCCGAGACAAUUUCCUGAGGGCCCAUCCAUGUGUGAGCGAGCAGACGCUUGGGAGCUUCAUCAAGGAGGUGGCUGAAGCCUUGGGAGGGGGUGCGAACCCAGAAACCAACUCGACCAAUAACAGCAGCCAUUCAGCCUGGGACCUGGGCAACGCCUUCUUUUUCUCGGGAACCAUCAUCACUACCAUCGGCUAUGGCAACGUGGCCCUGCAAACAGAUGCAGGGCGCAUCUUCUGCAUCUUUUAUGCACUGGUGGGGAUCCCACUGUUUGGGAUCCUGCUGGCAGGGGUCGGGGACCGGCUGGGCUCCUCUCUGCGCCAUGGCAUUGGUCACAUCGAAGCAAUCUUCCUGAAGUGGCACGUGCCACCAGAGCUGGUGCGAGUGCUCUCUGCAAUGCUCUUCCUGCUCAUCGGCUGCCUGCUCUUUGUCCUCACUCCCACAUUCGUGUUCUGCUACAUGGAGGAAUGGAGCCAGUUGGAGGCUAUCUACUUUGUCAUAGUGACACUCACCACCGUGGGCUUUGGCGAUUAUGUGGCCGGUGCCGAUCCCAAGCAGGACCCUCCAGCCUACCAGCCACUGGUGUGGUUCUGGAUCCUGCUCGGUCUGGCCUACUUUGCCUCGGUGCUCACCACCAUUGGGAACUGGUUACGAGUGGUGUCUCGCCGCACUCGAGCUGAGAUGGGUGGCCUCACUGCGCAGGCUGCCAGCUGGACUGGCACCGUGACGGCGCGGGUGACCCAGAAAGCAGGGCCCACCACCCUGCCGCAGCCAGAGAAGGAGCGGCCACUCCUGCCUCCACCGCCGUGUCCAGUGCCGCCAGUGGGCAGGGUGCAAUCCCCCGCGCCCCCGGAAAAGGCCGAGACGCCUUCCCCGCCCACGGGCUCCGCCCUCGACUACCCCAGCGAGAAUCUGGCUUUCAUCGACGAGUCCUCGGACACGCAGAGCGAGCGCGGCUGCGCCCUGCCUCGCGCGCCGCGGGGUCGCCGCCGUCCCAACCCCCCCAGGAAGCCUGCGCGGCCCCGGGGUCCCGGGCGUCCCCGAGACGAAAGCGUGCUGGUGUAGGGGCAGGAUCCCCAGCCCAGGCCCCGAGAAGGUCUCCGUCCCUGCUGUUUCCCCGGCAUGCUUGGCUUGUUUGACCAAAGAGCCCUCUUUCGAUGAUGCUGAAGCUUGGGGAAGAGGCUAAAGAUGGCUUAACUGCCACUUCUCGCCCCCUAGGCCCUUCCUCACUUCCAGCCAUUUGCAGACCCC